UUCUUCCCCACAGCCCUUCAAUGGAGUCCUCCAGAUGCUUUGUUCUCUUCGCACUUUGCUGCCUUCUUCCUGCUUUGGCCGAGUCCACAGUUCGUCAUUAUAAGUUCAAUGUGGUGUUGAGGAAGGCAACCAGACUAUGCUCAAGCAAGCCCAUUGUCACCGUUAAUGGCCUCUUCCCUGGACCAACCCUUUACGCUAGAGAAGACGAUACCGUUCUCGUCAAAGUCGUCAACCAUGUCAAAUAUAACCUUUCCAUUCACUGGCAUGGAAUCAGGCAACUCCGAACUGGCUGGGCUGAUGGACCUGCAUACAUCACACAAUGUCCGAUUCAACCGGGGCAAAGCUACGUGUACAACUUCACCAUCACUGGCCAAAGAGGCACGCUCUUCUGGCAUGCUCAUAUUCUCUGGCUUAGAGCCACUGUCCAUGGUGCCAUUGUCAUCUUGCCGAAGCUUGGUGUGCCUUAUCCAUUCCCUACACCUCACAAAGAAACUGUCCUUGUGCUUGCUGAGUGGUGGAAAUCAGAUACCGAAGCUGUGAUCAACGAAGCUCUCAAGUCGGGACUUGCACCAAAUGUCUCCGAUGCUCACACCAUCAAUGGCCUUUCAGGGUCCAUGUCAAAUUGUCCUUCACAAAGGGGCUUCACAUUGCCUGUUCAAAAAGGAAAGACCUAUUUACUACGCAUAAUCAACGCUGCACUCAAUGAAGAACUGUUCUUCAAAGUCGCUGGACACAAGUUAACAGUCGUAGAAGUCGACGCCACAUAUGUCAAACCAUUCAAAACAGACACAGUUCUAGUUGCUCCUGGCCAGACCACCAACGUCCUCUUAACCACGGAUAAAAACUCCGGCAAAUACAUGGUGGCUGUCUCUCCAUUCAUGGACGCUCCCAUUGCGGUCGAUAACAAGACCGCUACCGCCACGGUGCACUACACCGGUACAAUGGCCUCAUCCCUCACAACAAGCACCAACCCCACUCCCCAAAACGCUACACAAAUUGCCAACGCCUUCACAAAUGCCCUCAGAAGCUUGAACUCCAAAAAGUACCCUGCCAAUGUUCCAUUGACAAUCGACCACCAUCUCUUGUUCACUGUAGGGCUGGGAAUCAACCCAUGUCCAACUUGCAAGGCCGGCAAUGGAAGCAGAGUAGUAGCUAGUAUUAACAAUGUCACUUUUACAAUGCCCACAACCGCUCUUCUACAAGCACAUUUCUUCAAAAUCAACGGCGUUUUCACCACAGAUUUUCCAGGAAAACCCCCUCACAAAUUCAACUACACAGGGCCCGGACCUAAAAAUUUGCAGACCACAAGUGGAACCAAGCUCUACAAAUUAAAAUACAACUCCACAGUGGAACUAGUUCUACAAGAUACAGGAAUCGUAACCCCAGAAAACCAUCCCAUUCAUCUCCACGGAUUCAAUUUCUUCGAAGUCGGUCGAGGGGUCGGCAAUUUCAACCCUAAAACCGACCCUAAGAAAUUCAAUCUCGUGGAUCCAGUAGAGAGGAACACAAUCGGAGUUCCAUCAGGUGGAUGGACAGCAAUAAGAUUCCGUGCGGACAAUCCAGGAGUAUGGUUCAUGCAUUGCCAUUUGGAAAUCCAUACGACUUGGGGAUUGAAGAUGGCGUUCAUGGUGGAAAACGGGAAAGGCCCCAAACACUCGCUUCUACCGCCUCCGAGCGACCUCCCAAAAUGUUAAUCCACAGGAAACGAAUAAUAAGAAUAAACAAAUUUAAUUUUUGCUUUUAUAC